GGCAAACGAUAGAUCAGUGUAGUCGCUUUUGUUCAGUGGUGAAGAGGUGCACAGUAGUAAAACACUCGCACAUCAACACUUCACUAUUCAUAAGAUAUUACAUCGCAAUAAAGGCGAUAUAAAAAAAUCAUAUUCCGUACUCAAACGCAAUCGACGAGAUGACGAGAAAACUUGCAGUCGCUUGCCUGUUCUUGGUGGCAGCACAAGCAGCGUACGCCCAUCCGACCGCCGAAGAUGCCCCAGCCGCCCACGCUGCCGACGAGUCAGCUGGUCUGGAAAAGGUGUACAAGGUGAUGCAGGACUGCUCCGAGAAGAACAUGGCCACGUGCUUGAAAAUGAGGGCGUUGCAGUACGUCGACCGGGCGUUGCGCAAGACCGACAGCAUUGACGUGUUCGACGGAAUAUCUUUGGUCAAGUCCGAAUCCGUAGAGUCCAGCCGAGGCUUGAACGGCCGAUCGCUCGCUGAGUCUGAGCUCGAAGAAGCACAGCCCAAGGACGAUGACGAGAAGGACGCCCAAGUCGAAAACCUCCUGUUGGACCGCGUUGCUCGUUUCCUAGAGAGCCACACCCUUCAACUCAAAGUCCCGGAAUCGUCCAUCUCUGGCAUGAGGAGAUCUCUCGAUGAAGCUCGUGGCAAGAAGAAGAAGCACCAAAAGAUGUUGAUGCCAUUGUUGAUGCUAUUGAAGAUGAAAGCCAUCGCACUCGUCCCAUUGGCUAUUGGUGCUCUUGCCCUGCUCGCAUUCAAGGCCCUCGUCGUUGGAAAGAUCGCCCUUGUCUUGGCCGUCGUCAUGGGAAUCCAAAAGUUGUUGGCCAACAGCAAGAGCCAACAAUCGUACGAAGUAGUGUCUCACCCACACUACACCGAGGAACACGGACACGGACACGGAGGUGGAUACAGACGGUCCCUGGAAGGCGAGAGCGCCCAAGACAUGGCGUACCGCGGUCAACACUGACGUCGCCACCUCUAAGCCGCUACCCACGCCGCAAACCAUCCCCCUUUGUAGCGGGCUCCACGUAGCUAUAGUAUCACCCUCGCUCCCUCAGCCAUCACCCUACGAGGCGAUAUUUAUUUGUAAAUAGUUCGAAAAACAUUCCCCCAUAGGAACGAAAUAAUUUAUUUUAAUAUUAAUUAGUAUAUCUUUUUUUUUUUUUAUAUACAUCCGAUCGUCUUCUAUACCGCUCAAUUCACUUUUCCUCUCUUUAUCUCAACCCCCCAAAACCCCCACACUACAAUCCGUCGAUAACGCGUUUUUCCGCCUACGUUUACAGAUCGUUUUGCUCGCAAGCUCACAUUAGUUAUUUAUUAUAUUAUUAUUAUACUACGCGUAUAAUAAUAUAUACUAUUAUAUUAUAAUGCACAUCAGCUAGAGCGACACAGCGUCCGUUCAUCGCGCCCGCCACGUGUAUAUAAUAUUAUUAUUAUACGACAUCCGUACUCCGGAGGCGACUGUACAACGACGGCGGUCAAUAACGGGUUCUGCUUAAUCACUUCGGGACAAUGAUCGCACACACCACAUAACAACAACGUUUUACUACCAUAUACACAACUGUAUAAUAAUAUACGAUUAUUAGUUACCCCGGGCGGUCGGUUAAAAAUACAGAAGUUAACCUAGUGACAUACACACACACACACACACACCCGCGCGCCGCAUGUGUGUGGUGUGCGUGUGUGAGGUGUGUGAGCCGCUCGUGUGACGAUAUAGGUCGGCCGGAGGAGAAGAAGAAGUAGAAUUAUUACAAAAAAAAAUAAUAAAUAACUAUUUCCGUAACUGGUUUUGUCUAUAAAACACGAAUAGAAAUUGUUAGAAAUCUAUUCUUUCUAUACCUAUAUCGAUCACGAUCACCACUACCGCAACCAUAGCACUAUAAUAACGAUGACCACGAUUACACACCUGCAACUGCUGCGUUACAACUUUGACCUUAUCUACGAGAUGACACCGACCCGACGACUAGAAAUAGAGGUAUUUCUAUAUACACUUCAGGACUAGUAUUUUCUUCUUUCACAUGAAAUACCUAAUAACACACACACACACACACACACUCACUAAAAACUAGUGCGAUAACUUACUACUCGGCUGCUGCUGCAGCUCUUCCCGAUCGAACAAACCCGUACCUACAUACAUAUUUUACUGAUGGCCAAACACUACGUUCUUCACUUGACCGGAAAUUUAAUAAUUGUUGCUCACGAACCAUAAUACGUUCUUAUAUUAAUAUUAUUAUUUGUUUUAUUUUAUAUUGUUAUACAUUGUGUCAUGUUUUUAUACCAUUUUUUAUGUUAUCCUUUUUGUGUGUAUAUCGAAGACUACCUAUUUAUUACUUAUUUUAAUAAAACCGAUUUGUUUGUAAUAAAAUCCACUUCUUUUUUUUCUAAACUCAACUCGACACGACUUGACUAGACUAUACUCGACAUGACUUGACUUGACUUGAAUUUACUUUACUCGACUAGAUUUUACUUAACUAGACUUGACAUACCUUACUCAAAUGUGCCAUCGUCCACCCCCGCUCAAAUGACAUAAUAAUAACCAUAGUACUCGAAGAAAUAAACAUAUUAUACCGGCUGUUAUUAAUUUAUUCAACUUUUAAUUAUUAUUAUUUAUUAUUGAUUUGAUUUGACGAAAUAAACUUAUUGAUUUUUUAAACGA